AUGGAUCAGUAUGAGGUAUUGGAGCAGAUUGGGAAAGGAGCAUUCGGCUCUGCUCUGUUGGUGAGGCACAAGGUGGAGAAGAAGAAGUAUGUGCUGAAGAAGAUCCGGCUUGCCCGACAAACGGACCGCACUCGCCGGUCUGCCCACCAGGAGAUGCAGCUUAUUGCAACUGUGAGAAAUCCGUUCAUCGUGGAGUACAAAGAUUCGUGGGUAGAGAAGGGUUGCUAUGUCUGCAUUGUUAUUGGUUAUUGUCAGGGAGGAGACAUGUCUGAAGCUAUUAAAAGAGCUAAUGGUACCUAUUUCUCUGAGGAGAAGCUUUGCAAGUGGCUUGUGCAGCUCCUUAUGGCUCUUGAUUACUUGCACACAAACCACAUUCUUCACCGUGAUGUGAAGUGCUCCAAUAUUUUCAUUGCGAGGGACCAAACUAUAAGACUCGGUGACUUUGGGCUUGCAAAAAUAUUGACUUCUGAUGAUCUGGCAUCUUCCGUGGUAGGAACGCCAAGUUACAUGUGCCCAGAACUUCUUGCUGAUAUACCAUAUGGUAGCAAGUCCGAUAUUUGGUCUCUAGGAUGUUGUAUAUACGAAAUGACUGCUCUCAGGCCUGCCUUUAAAGCUUUUGACAUGCAAGCUCUGAUUAACAAGAUCACGAAGUCAAUAGUAUCACCAUUGCCUACCAAAUAUUCUGGUCCAUUUCGGGGACUUAUUAAGAGCAUGCUGCGGAAAAGCCCAGAACACAGACCAAGCGCUGGAGAACUGCUGAAACAUCCUCAACUUCAGCCUUAUGUGUUUCAAGUUCAACUGAAGUCUAGUCCUACUCGCAAUAUUCAUCCCAUCAAUGAAUCUCUGACCGACAAAGUUAAGAAGAUGACAGUUCCUGAUGAUGUCCCUGAUUCUGCGCGCAGAAGAAUGGUUAGGAGAAACUCUUUGGGAAGUCAUAGGAUUGUAACAUUUAGCAAACCAUCACCCGAGCGGAAUUCUGUUAGUUCUACUCGGAGCAUCAAGGAGUAUACAACCACUCAGAGUUGCAAAGAGUUAUCCAUUGACAGCAGUCAGGCUGAGGAGGACGAGGUUACCAGUAAAGCCAUGAUAACCAAGACAUCAAGCAUCCUAAGGACUCCGAAGAGUAAUCCAGUGAAGACAUUCACAAGUAGAAACAGGCUUGAAACUCCAAAAACAUCUUAUAACAGAACAAACCGUGCUGAGCCGCCCUCAGUGACACCUGUGAACAAGAGUGCUCGACUGGCUCGAAGAGUAUCCCUCCCACUGUCGACAUACGAAACGCCCAUCAAGCGCAGCAUCAGCAUUGUUGACCAGCUAGGCUCCCCUGAUGUGUCCAUGAACGCGCCUCGAAUCGACAGGAUCGCAGAGUUUCCACUGGCUUCAUCAGAGGACCCCUUCCACUCCAUCCACAAGCUCUCUUCAGCCCAUGGCUCAUGCUCCACCCCUCCCUUCAUCAACCGGUCGAUCACCAAGGACAAGUGCACGAUCCAGGUGCUGCGCGCGGACGGCGGGGACAACGGGAGCGACUCGUCGGGCCGCAACGCCACGGCCGCGUCGAGCCGGGGCUCCAACGACUCGAGGCUGCAGCGGUUCGACAUGUCGUCAUUCCAGCAGCGCGCGGAGGCGCUGGAGGGGCUGCUGGAGUUCAGCGCGCAGCUGCUGCAGCAGGAGAGGUACGACGAGCUGGGGAUCCUGCUGAAGCCGUUCGGCCCCGAGAAGGCGUCCCCCAGGGAGACGGCCAUCUGGCUCUCAAAGAGCUUCAAGGAGACGACGUAG